UACUCAAAUCUUUCUUCUUUAUUCUUUUUGGGGUCAAUCUCUCUACUCAAAUCUUUCGUUCUUCGGUUAUUGGACUCAUUUCAAUUCAAUUUUGCAUUACUCGAGGAGAAUCUGUACUAUAAUAUAAAUAUAUCGUGUGGAUCGUCUGCUGAAUAAGAAAAGGCUCAAGUUCCCACAAUACGACGAUCAUGUUCACAAAGAUUAAAAAGGUUUUGGAUUCUGAGAAAAUGGGUUUUAUCCGGCCACCGGCGGUGAGAAAGGACGGUGACUAUAUCGAGAGCAUAUUCGGAGACUAUUCCGCCGGAAAACAAAAACCAAUCCGGAAGCUCAACUCCACCAAGUUCGUGACGGUGCUGACGUUUCUUCAGUUCGUAUUCGCCGUCUACGCCACUGGACUUCUCUACUACAUGAGUCCUUCUAUUGACUUGCGGGCCAAACCAGACUUCACUUGGGCCACUAAAUGGGCCCAUAAUAUGCGUACUUACAUCGUCACCCCUCACGUCGUCAGCCAUUUUCAAGACUCUGCCUCUAUGCUAAAAGAGGAGAAUAUUCCGGCGGUGUUCUCUCCGGCGGAGGUUUGCGAGUACGAGAAGAUCGACUUCUCGCAGAAAAAAUCAAACGACGAGAAGAUGAUCAAGAUGAAAAGAGAGCUAUUCGACGACGUUCUGGACUUCCAGAAGAAGAAUCUCGGUUCCGAGAGUUUAGAAGAGCUGAUGAAGAUGAAGUCCAAAUGGGCCUUAAACGGGCCCAACAAACCCAAAGUAACAGUGAUCCUAAACCAUUUCAAACGAAAAACACUUUGCGCUCAGCUCGACUCUCUCCUCCACCAAACGCUGCCGUUUCACCAUGUCUGGGUCCUGGCCUUCGGGAGCCCCAACGAAGCAUCUCUCCGGCGGAUCUCCGGGAGCUACAACGACUCUCGGAUCAGCUUCAUCAGCUCGAACUACGACUUCAAAUACUACGGAAGGUUCCAGAUCGCGCUUCAGACGGAGGCCGAUCUCGUCUACAUCCUCGACGACGAUAUGAUCCCCGGGAAGAAGAUGCUCCAGAUGCUCGCGCACGUCGCGGGGACGGAGAAGUACGAGAACUCGGUGCUGGGAAGCAUCGGACGGAUUCUUCCCUUCCGGCAGAGGGAUUUCACGUUUCCGAGCUACAGGAAGUUCCGAUCGAAGGAGGCGGGGCUUUACUUGCCUGAUCCGGCGUACGACAUCACUCUGGAUCGGAUCCUCCAGGUUGAUUUCUUGUCAAGCUCGUGGUUCUUAUCGGCUGAGCUCGUGAAAGCGUUGUUCAUCGAGAAACCGUUCACUUUCGCUACUGGCGAAGAUCUUCACCUGAGCUAUCAGCUUCAGAAAUACAGGAACGCAGGUUCUUUUGUUCUUCCUGUGGAUCCAAACGACAAAGAGACGUGGGGAGAUAGUGAACAUAGACUCGCUUACGUGUCCGAGACCACAGUGAUAUUCAAAAACAUUGUGGAAGUCAGAGACAACCAAUGGUGGAAAGCUCUUUCGACUGGUUACAUAACCCAAUGGGCUGCGAUGUAUCCUCAAAAGAUCGACGCUCUGUUCUACGCGCAUUCGAUCGAUGAAGUCAAGGCGCUUGGUCCUUUGCUCGAGAAGUUCAGAACCACUGUUGGUAAAAAGGCUUACAUCGCGGUUUCCGGCGGGAAGUUCUGUCCGUGCGAGGAUGCUGCCUCGGCUUUGAACUGGCCUAAGGUGGUUUGCAACGAGAGGAGGUUCAAGAUUUUUGAUUUGGAAGUUGGAGCUAUCUUGGGUGUGUCGAACUCGGAGGUGCCUGUGUUGCAAGCUGUGUAUUCGAGUAUGAAAGGGCUUAUCAAGAUCCAUAACCCUAGCGUGGUGAUUACGGUAGCUGAUGCUGAUCCUAAUGUCAAGAAAGCUUUGAAAAUGGCUACCGAGACGAAUCUUAAUGGCACUGCAUUUGUUCUUCUUCCCAGAGCUUCUAUCUCCAAGGUUCUAUGGAUGGCUGAUUUAAGAUCAACAGCAUUGCCAAACUGGAAUAAGAUGAGAGUCUCAGUGAACAUCAUCACCCAAAACCGAGCUCAGUCUUUACUAAGAUUGCUUAGGUCUUUGAGCAAUGCAUACUACCUUGGAGACGAGAUACCUAUCAGCUUCAACAUGGAUAGCAAAGUGGACGAAGAGACGAUCAAAGUAGUGAGCACAUUCGACUGGCCUCACGGUCCCAAAACCUUAAGAAGAAGAAUCAUCCAAGGAGGAUUAAUCAGAGCCGUGAGUGAGAGUUGGUAUCCAGCUUCUGAUGAUGACUUUGGUCUCUUACUCGAAGACGACAUCGAAGUCUCUCCUUACUACUACCUCUGGAUCAAAUACGCUCUCCUCGCUUACCACUACGACCCUCAAAUCUCUUUCCCUGAACUCGCCUCCAUCUCUCUUUACACGCCCAAGAUCGUCGAGGUUGUUAAAGAGAGACCCAAGUGGAACCCAACAGAGUUCUUCAAACAGAUCCAUCCCCACACACCUUACCUUCACCAGUUACCUUGCAGCUGGGGAGCCGUCUUCUUCCCAAAGCAAUGGAGAGAGUUCUACGUCUACAUGAACAUGAGAUUCACCGAGAACGCCAAAGCGAACCCGGUUCAGAUUCCGAAAUCAAGAACCAACGGUUGGCAAGCUUCUUGGAAGAAGUUCUUGAUCGACAUGAUGUACCUUAGAGGAUACGUUAGUCUCUACCCGAACUUCCCUAACCAACAGAGCUUCUCCACCAACCACAUGGAGCCAGGAGCUCACAUUGCAGCCAAAGACAACGUGGUGAAACACAACAAAACCGACUUCGAAGUUCCUCUGCUCAUGGAUGAUUUCAGAAACUUCUUGCCGAGCCAGAAACUCCCUCCGGCGUCGAAGCUCCCGUCCCUCAACCUCUUUAACAUGCCGGUCUCUCUUAAAGGUCUCAAAGCUGCAGGAGCUAAGCUUGGUCAAGACGUUCUUCGUUGCAACAAUGUCUCUGAGAUUGUUGCCGUCAAUCAUCAGACAGGUUUGCCAGCUAGAUGCAUGAAAUUCUGAAGAUGCUCCUCCCAUCUUUAACGGCCGGUAAAAAAUUUUACUCGGCUGUAAUUUUUCUCUGUGGAUUCUUGUUGAUUCUUUGUUUUUAAAAAUUAGUUAUAUAUUACUAUAUAUGGUAGAAGGAAAUAAAUAUAAGGAGAUAUGUAACUGUCUAAAGGCAAAAGAGGAAACGUUUGUAACCUUUUGAUUAACUCCACUUCACAAGAAACAUGAUUU